AACUUUCCACCAAUCUGCUCACAGACACACACACUGGUAAAAGCGAGAUAUCGUCUGCCCCGGUCUGCACACUUUUGCACCUGAAAGCGUAACCCAACACGCAUGCGCGAACUUGUCUGUGUGUUUGCUCCGUUCAUUACUCGGGUUUGUUAUAUGAGUUCAUCCAUCGGGCGAGUGCUCAAGAGUGAAUGGGGGAGAAAGGACGCAGUCGUGUUUCGAAGCUUGCAUGGAGCAGUCGUUGCGUGUGCGACUGUAGUUAUCUGUGAUUUUUUUUAAAGGAAAAUAGCAAAUCCAGGAUUGUGGAAAUAAUGAUUGCAGCCUUCCGCUUGGAACUUAUUUCUUGGAGCUAAUACAUUACCCUUAUCCUUUGAAACAAAUUAGAUUACACUGUCAUAUCCUCUAUCACCAUGCAGUACAUGACGUCAUCAAUGAGCCCUGUGCUCCUGAGUGUCUUUCUUAUCCUAUGCCAAGUACUUGAUCCCACCGCUGCCAUCGGUUGUAUCCGACCACCGUCCUGUGAUACAGAUGAGGAAGCAGGCUUUGCCAGUAUGCUCUGCGGUCAAAGACGUCUGAACUGCAUUCCUCAGGAACAGCACCACGCGCGCUUCCUGGACAUGCAUGGCAACAGGUUAACCAACCUGCUCCAAGAUGCCUUCCGACAGUUCUACAACCUUGAGAGACUCGACCUGAGCUCCAACGAGAUUGCCUCCAUCACUCCUGGGGCAUUCUCCGGACUGCACAACCUCACUAGCUUGAUCCUGAAAGGGAACAGGAUCCAGAGCCUCAGCGCCAGUACUUUCUCGGGUGCAACCAAGUUGGAGACCCUUGAUCUGUCCAGGAAUAACAUAUCCACGAUCACUGUUGGAGCUUUUAACGGCCUGAGCCAACUCAGGACGCUCUAUUUGAACGAGAACCAGUUAGAUUGGCUAAGACCUGGUAUGCUUCAAGGUCUACCUAGGCUCGCCCUUCUAUCUUUCCACAGCAAUGGUAUGCGUACCAUUGAUGCAGCUGCCUUCCGAGGACUUACGCACCUUCGUGCUCUUCAACUAAACAACAAUAACAUCGCCACAAUGGACAAUGUCUUCAACUCCUUGCCAUCACUGUCAACGCUGUGGAUUGGUGAAAACCCAUGGGAGUGUGACUGUCGAAUGGAGUUCCUCAGGAGGCUGUUGGUGCCCAGGCACACCGGUGCUGCGGGUGUCCUGGAUGUACGACACCCUGUGAUCUGCACAGGUCCAAGUCUCAUGAGGGGACUUGAUAUGAGAUACGUCAACGAUCCUCUUCAAUGUACCAGACCAAUUUUCAAAAGGGAAAAGUUCGAGUAUCUUAUUGCGAGAGGACAGGAUGUCUCGAUGACAUGCGACGCCUCGGGCAUCCCUUCCCCAGCCUUGUCGUGGGUAAGCCCUAGGGGUGAACCCAUCCCCUCGAUCACAGUGGGUACAGCCAACAUGAACUACGCCCACGCACCCCGCAUCAGUGUCCGCAGCGACGGAUCCCUCAACAUCCGACACGCCCAACCCAAUGACGCUGGAAACUACACCUGCUUGGCGCAGAACCCUGGCGGUCAAGCCAUGGCCGAGAUCCGGGUGACCGUCGUCAAUGAAAUCCCGAAGCCAACUGUUCAUGCGCCAGGGAAAACAACCCCUGAUAUGUGGCCGAGGAAACCGACUGGUGGCAAUGAACCGGAAGGAGGUUGGCCAAACCAGGAGCGUCCACCUAUCGCGUGUAUACCUGAAAGAUCCCGCGCGUGCGAUUCUGCAACAGGUGUUGUCGUAACGGCCAUCGUGACAUUUCUCACUACCCUGAUCACGUGCGUGGUUGUCUUUUACCUCUGGUAUCGAAAGCAAACAGCCAAGAUCCACUUUGCCUCGGCGCCACUCCCGAACACGCUGAAAACUCCGAAGAAUCAGUCAUCGAUGAAACCGACACUUCAACGUUUUAUCAACGCCAUCUCCAACCCCGCGCACCUGUACGCCAAGCCCAAGCCAACGAAAAACCAGCGCCAGGGCGGAUUCAGCUUUCACAAAGCCAGCAACAAAGUGGACGACGCGAGCAGACACAUUAUAGCCCCGCUGACAGAAAAGCCAUCCAUUCUCAGUCAAGGCAUGCCCGAAAUGGAUGCGCCCACGCCACCGCCCAUGACCGGAAUGAACCGGUCACACCCGAAGCAAACCGAUCAGAAGAGGUUAAGUGUCCCGAGAGAACUGCUCCGAAACAGCGCCACGAUAUCUCGUUCUUCACACCUAUAUGAGAACGCAACAGCUUUAAAUGACGAUCCUAAUUACACAGCACUUGAUCCCAUGACAAGAUGUAUAGUCAACGACACCUAUGUGUCCUAGAUAAGUCAAAACAAGAAGUAUGAAGAACUUUUAUUUAUGAAGAACACUGUAACUGAUUAUUAAAAUCGUGAAAGGACAUGUCUUAAACUGUCACGAUUGAAAGGAAAUAGAACAAAACUAAGUUAUUUUGACAACAGUGACAAAAAACGACAUGUGCCCAGUUCAAAUAUAUAUUUUGAGGUCUAAAAACUAGUUUUUGAGCAAGAGACGUUGUGACAACUGCGACACGCUUUGAAAUGUUCAUCGCGAGAAAUUAACGAAUAUGACUCGGAGAGCCAGUAAGUGAUUUGUAAUUUGAAUGUCAGAAAGCUACUCUGUGACAGUGAAAGAGAGAGACAUGGUUUUCCUACAAAUUAAUUGAUUACCACAAUACAGAAUACAAGCAAGUGUAUACAAAAGCAUAUAAUACAAAUGCCUAAAUAAAAUGAGCUCCUUGCGUAAAAACAAACAAAGAGAUAAGAGGUUUGGAAACCUGGUCUUCUGAGGGUUCGUUGGAUCAUGGACCUGUAGGUCCAUGGUUGGAUCAACUAAUCAUGCUAAUGACUCUUUUAACAGCAUGGAUGACAUGGAUGGUGCGUGAUAUAUAAAACAAGCUUGUAUUUGCACGGGAUGUUAAUGGCUUUAAGAACUCGAUGUUAAGGGAAGGGCCCCUUCAUGAAGAGGUUGUCACGUUCACCUGGGCGUCUUCGGAAGCGAAUGCCGACAUAGUGAGGCUAUGGCAAGUCUUCUUUUUUUUCUUAACCCCAUUUCUUAAUAUAAACUAUUGCCUUAUGUUAACAAUACAAAUGAUUCUCCUUGAAAUUAUGUGUUGUUUGCAAAAUGAACUUAAAAAAUGGAAUGCUUGAUGAUUAUGAAAUGAAAUUAAAGGGGAAAAGGUUUGCCAUAGUGAGGCAACAUACGCUAUUUAAAACCAGGUACCUCACACUUCGAUCCCUGCUAAAACGUACAGGGCCCAUAACAAGGGAUAGCGAUUGAUCGUAUGCUUGAUUUUCAUGAUUGAUUGUACAUUGUGGUCAAUGCAAUCAUAUCAUAAAGAUAUUCUUCUACAAUGAUUGCUAAACUUCGUGUUACGGGCCUCAGGGAGGAUAUCAUCUUUUCCUAUGAACCCAAUCACGACAGGUGUAAAACUUUCAUUAUCACCCUCAUUUCUCUAAUGAGUUCCAGCAUGAACCACCUGGACCUGUAACCUAAAGCUUAGGGAUUGACCAUGGGGUUAACUUCUAAGAUUGAUUGCAUUGGUUAUCGUGUAUGAUCGAUCGUAAAACUCAGCCCAACGAUCAAUCACUUAGCUUUUUGUUAAAGGUUCCCGGUCACUCUGUGCAAAAUAUCGCAUGGUAAAUGUCCUCACCCCCUUCUCUCCUUCUUCAUUUCUUCAUCCUCUUCCUCUUCUUUUUUUAAUCACAAGAUUUUUAUUUUAGGGUUAACAACCCCUCUAUGGCUUCAGACCAUGCUUUUAGAAUCAUGAGCCUCAUGCAAAGCUGGCAAAUGAAUGAAUUCCGGUCCUCUAUAUCCGCUCUUGGGUUGGUUCUCAUCCAGCCGUAACCAAACAUGCCUGGAUGAAUAGAGGGAGUAGCAUGCUCUCUUGGUAGGGACGUAAUACUUCGGUUAAAAGCAUCCGGACCCUCUAUUUAUGUCCAUGCUUGAGAGCGGUUUAAUGUACACCAGCAAAGACAGUAGAUGAGUUAGUCUUGAUAGGUCCGAGAAUGAAUAUCACAUACGAAUGUAGAACAAUCCCGACCACUUUAUCUUGAUUGAAAUAAUUUAUGUUCUCAAAUGCUCUUGGUAUAAACUGGUCAAGACAUUCUGUUGGGUCUUGAUCAAGAUAUCCCGUUAGAUCUGAUGAUAUGAGCUGUUUAAGAUAUCUGUCAGGUCAUAGUUCAAAGUAUUCUUUUCCAGACAAAUCAUCGUCAAAACACUUUGUUGUGGUAUAGCUUGAUUAUGUCUCGAAAAACUCUCGAUCAAUCGAAACGAAAGGUGAAGAGUGGGUAGGAACGUUUGAAAUAUUAUCAAAGAUUUUGGGGAACUGCAAGUUCACUAAGUGGCAGUGAUGAGUUUCAGUUGCAAUUCAUGGUUAUGACUAUAGUUUGUAAUCAGUAGUUACCAAAAUGUGCAUUUCUUCUCACAAAUUUGAAAAAGAACCAACUACUAAUUUUCUAUUAUAAAAUGAAUUUGACAAAUCAAUGCAAGCCCUUAAACAGUUAAUUUAUUUUUUUUUGUCAUUUGCCGAGUCGCAAGUCGGUUGGUUAUACAAGGUUUAUGUCAACCAUUGGUAUAUAACUAAAACUUGUACAGAAAUUGUGUGUGUGAGAUAUAUCUUAAUUAUAUCAUCGUCCUUCAAAAUGUCACAUUGAAUGGUGUAAUAUUCGUGCUAGAUAAUAUCACGAUUCAGCGGGGUAAAUGGUGUUACUUAAAGUUGAAAUUGGGUAUCAACAUUCAUUUCAUCUGUGAUAUUUUUUUUUUCAUUUGACAUUCGCGCAUUUAAAAGGUUUUGUUAAAGAAUUCUUUACUGAUAUUUAUGAUGUGUAAAAAAGAUUAUUGGUAUAUUUAGCAGAAGAAUAAUAUAAUGAUUCAGCUAUAUAUUCGAUUCUUCAUUAAUAUUGAGGAUAGCAAUUACUCAUGCUUUUUAAUCAAUCGAUGUGUGUAUUUUCAUUAAAUACUAUUGGCGACCAAUUUGGGAUGGAAUGUUGCGGAUGAUAAGUGUUUGUUUGUGAAUUGUUUUCAUUGGUGAAAUGUGCAUAUAUAAUGUAUUAUAAAUUGUUGACUAUGUAAAUACUAUUUUUACGUCAUGAUAAUAUGUAAAAUAAAACUCUAUGAGCAAUAAACGAGAAUGAUUUUUAUUACGAAA